CUCUCGCCGCGCAAGCGCGGUGCUGAACUCCGUCCCCUGGAGUGUCACUGCCGUAGGCGUUCUCGGCUCGCUGUCUGUGGCCGGUUGUCGUGUGGCGGAGUGACAGGUAUGGCGGAGGCAAUGGAUCUGGGCAAAGACCCCAAUGGGCCCACUCAUUCCUCCACUCUGUUCGUGAGGGGAGAUGGCAGCGCUAUGUCGUUUUACGUGCGGCCCAGUCCGGUCAAGCGCCGGCUGUCGACGCUCAUCCUGCACGGUGGCGGAACCGUGUGCCGGGUGCAGGAGCCCGGGGCCGUGCUGCUGGCCCAGCCCGGGGAGGCGCUGGCCGAAGCCUCGGGAGACUUCAUCUCCACGCAGUAUAUCCUGGACUGCGUGGAGCGCAACGAGAGGCUGGAGCUGGAGGCAUACCGGCUGGGGCUGACCGAGCAGGCUCCGGACGCCCAGCCCGGGGCUUCCACCGAGGGCUCCACGGAGCUGGAGCCGCAGCCUCUGACCGGGCGCCUCGCCUACACGGACGCGGACGACGUGGCCAUCCUGACCUACGUGAAGGAAAACGCCCGCUCGCCCAACUCGGUCACAGGCAACGCCUUGUGGAAAGCGAUGGAGAAGAGCUCGCUCACGCAGCACUCCUGGCAGUCUCUCAAGGACCGCUACCUCAAGCACCUGCGGGGCCAGGAGCACAAGUACCUGUUGGGAGACGCCCCGGUCAGCCCGUCCUCCCAGAAGCUCAAGCGGAAGGCGGAGCAGGACCCCGAGGCCGCCGAUAGCGGAGAACCACAGAACAAGAGAACACCAGACUUGCCUGAAGAAGAGUGUGUGAAGGGAGAGACCAAGGAGAAUGACGAGUCAGUCAAAAAACUCUUUGAGGAAGCCACUCGGGAGUUUGAAGAAGCUGUGGUGGGUGAGAGUUCUGACUUUGAAAUACAUAUAACCAUGUGUGAUGAUGAUCCUCCCACACCUGAGGAAGAUUCUGAAACACAGCCAGAUGAGGAGGAAGAGGAACCAAAGGUUUCUACACAAGAAGUGGGAACUGCCAUCAAAAUCAUCCGGCAACUAAUGGAAAAGUUUAACUUGGAUCUGUCAACAGUUACACAGGCCUUCCUGAAAAACAGUGGUGAGCUGGAGGCCACUUCCUCCUUCUUAGAGUGUGGUAGGAGGUCUGAUGGCUAUCCAAUUUGGUCCCGGCAAGAUGACUUAGAUUUGCAAAAGGAUGAUGAAGACACUAGAAAUGCAUUGGUCAAAAAAUUUGGAGCUCAGAAUGUUGCUCGGAGGAUUGAAUUCCGAAAGAAAUAAUGAACAAGAUAAUGAAAAAGGUGUGGCAGAUGAUGAUAUAAACAUCUUGUGACCAUGGAAACUGACCAGUGCUGCUGUUCUGUGAGCCCCAGAUUUUGUAGCCAAGCAGUGUUAUGUAGCAGGAUGAAACAAAAGAAACUGGAUCUAGGGUGGUCCAUGGCAAGUAUCUCUGUGUUUAUGAUAGGGAAAUCAAAACCAGAGAGGCUGGUCUGUACAGUAGUGAUUGUACACUGUUGUAUUGUGACAGGAGCCUGGCGACAAAAUCAAAGUUGGAAAUGAAAGGCAUGGGUCUUUCCACUCUUGAUGAGUAAAUGACCUUGUCUUUUGGUAGAAGUUGUUUUAGAUAAAGAAUCCCAAACCAGCUGGUGGCGCACGCCUCUAAUCCCAGCACUCGGGAGGCAGAGGCAGGCGGAUCUCUGUGAGUUCGAGGCCAGCCUGGUCUACAAAGUGAGUUCCAGGACAGUCUCCAAAGCUACCCAGAAACCCUGUCUCGAAAAAACAAAACAAAACAAAAAAAAUCCCAAACCAAGAGUCUCGAAAUAAGAUUUAAUUGCAAAGCUUAUAACAUGGACUGCUCUAAACCAUCCUCUCUAUCCUAGGGGGCUCUGAUUUUUACUGUGUUGAAAAAUCCCAUAUUCAUUUUGCAAACAGUAUUUGGAAACUCUGCUUCUUCCCUGGCUAUUGCUUUUUGUGCUCUAGGUCAAAUCGCUAGUACGUAUUUGCUUACUUACCACUCAGUUUUGUGUACAAUAAAACUCUAGACUAGUGGGCAUGUCCAGUCUUUUGACAUUAUAACAGGUGUCAUAUACAAACUUCAGUCAAGAAUCAAAGAAAAAAAACAUCAAGUUACACACACACACACACACACACACCUCAGAAAAACCUCUGUGCUGUAAGUUUAUGGCUCUUGUUUCUCUUUUGUAGUUAUCCUCAGCCAUAUGCAGGCUGCUGGUUGGAUGCUGUUAAUUGUGAUGUGUUGUUUUUAAAUUUUAUCAAACAUAAGUUUUCUGCUGAAAAUUAUGCUAGACUUAAAAGUUAGUAGGUUGGUCUACUUUUGUGUUGCCUUUAGCAUUCAAAAUAAAAUUUUGUGUUUGA